AUGCUGGGAGGUGGGUUAUCGGGGGCUGCUGUCACCCUGACACUCAGCAGUGCCAAGGACACCUUCCUGCGCUUGUCCCCGGAGCUCAGGGCACAGCUACACCUGGAGCAGGGCCAUGCAGUGGAAGUGUCAUGGGGCGAUCAGCCAGUUUACCUUGGAUGGAUGGAAAGUCGGAGCAGAACAAACUCUGGAACUAUCGAGCUUAACAGACAGCUGGGAGAGAAGCUUGGACUUGCAGAUGGACAGCAGGUGUUCCUUAAGCAGUGUUGUAAUGUCACAUCGUGUAAAGAAGUCACAGUUGAACCCAUGACUGCAGAUGACUGGGAAAUACUGGAACUGCAUGCAUCUGCCCUGGAAACAAGCCUUCUCGAUCAAAUCCGUAUAGUUUAUCCCAAUGCUAUAUUCCCAGUGUGGGUCGAUGUGUACACAUGUGUUUACAUCCAAAUAGGAUCAUUGACACCAGCUGCAAGCUACGGCAGACUGGAACCUCUGACAGAGUUAAUAGUGUCUCCAAAAUCCAGAGACUCUGAAGACUUUCCAUCACAUUUGUCACAAUUAAGAACUGAUGGUUUGUCUAAAGGACCUGAUAUUAUACCUCAGGGAUCUGCACCUUGUGAGCCAUGGAGUAGCAGGAAUUCCUCAGCAUCCCAGAGAGGACAUGUACCAAUUCAGAAUCCUGAUGGUUUGCCUUACGUUUCAGCUUUAUGGGACACAUUGGGAAGUCUGUUCUCACGUGCUCUGGGAAGGGGCCCCUUGCAAGAUUCCGGUGGCACAGACAAGGACUUAUUUGAGAGAAACGUUGCUGAAAAAGAUUCAGUUAGAAGGAAUUUUCCGGGUUUCUCAUCAUGUCCCUCAAAUUAUAAGAAGCAGCGAGGCUUUCAUGCAGCUUUCAAAUGAUAAUACUGUUCAGGUCUUCUUAUGGUACCCAGAGCCCUCUGGUGUCACUGCUGAUGUGGUAGUAUCAUACGGUAGAAUGGUAGAAAUCCCAUCACCAAAGAGGCGUAAAAAACAAAAUAAAUCAAACAAAGAGCAACAAGAGGGGAACACUGAGCCUGAGGAGGCCGUGGUAAAGAUUGUGUGGCAUGGAUUUGAAGAUAUCAAAGAUGUCAUCGAAUAUGAUACCAGAAACGGAAAUACACAUACUGCAAAAGUGUGGGUUCCAGAGAGAAUUAGAAAGUAUUUGAACAUUAAUACAUCAUCAGCUGUGAGAAUACAGUCACUGGAGUCACAGCCCAAGGUCCCAUCAUCGCUUUCCCUGCAACCAAAGCAACCUCUGGAAAAAACCAUAACAACAGAAAUGAUAAAAUCUGCAUUGAAAUCAUGGCUUCAGUCAGCUAGUUCCCCAUCAUUGCCUUGGAUAUCGGGAAGAACAGGCAAUGUACAGCUCUCCAUUAAUGAAGGCAGGUGUCAACAAUGAAUUGUGUUUUGUACAGUGGGGAUCGAAAGUUUGGGCACCCCAGCUAAAAAUUUGUGUUAAUGAUGCAUAAAGAAGCCAAGGUAAAGAUGGAAAAAAAAAUCUCCAGUUGACAUGGAGUCUAAGCAAUCUGAGGACCCUCCCAAAACUUCACAAGUUUGACCAAAACCUUCCACAUUUGAAGAUGAGUAACCUAGGAGGUGUUGAUGACUUGCUCAUAUCCUGCUAUGAUCAUAUUGUUCAUUGUUUAAUGGGGCGUCCAUUGUCUAGACAACUAGCAUCCACAGCUUCAGGGCUCCGGAGCGGAGCCAUCCUCCUUUCUGGACCAAAGGGCUGUGGAAAGUCCACCAUAGCAAGGGCAUUGUGUAAAGAAGUGUCCGAAAGUCUGGAAGCUCACGUGGAAGAAAUAGACUGCAAGUUAUUAAAAGGAAAGACACUGGAUAGCAUGUGUCAAACUGUGGAGGAAGCUUUCGCUGAGGCAGCAUGGAGGCAACCAGCCGUUGUACUGCUGGAUAAUCUGGAUCAAAUUGCCGGUGUUCCAACAACACCAGAAUUGGAGCACAGCCCCGAAGCUACCCAGAGCAAGCAGUUUUCCUACGUUCUGAAAGAUCUGAUGAAGGAAAUAAUUACCUUGGACACACAAAUUGCUGUUAUAGCAACUAGCCAGACAGAGCGCUCCCUAAAUCCUGUCCUGGUGUCUACACAAGGGGUCCACCUUUUCCAGUGCCUUAAAACUAUUCCGCCUCCAGCUCAGAAAGAAAGAGUUGAAAUGAUGUGUAGUGUUAUAAAAAACAGACUUUCCUGUGAUAUCACUCACUUCCAAGAUCUUGAUCUGCAUCACCUUGCUAAAGAAACAGAAGGAUUUGCUGCAAAAGAUUUUACUAUGGUUGUGGAAAGAGCCGUAGAAUUUAGUUUUGCCACCAGAAAGAUACACAACAAACAAGACUUGCUUUUGACAACAUCAGACUUCCAGAAAGCUCUUAAAGGUUUCACUCCCAUGUCCUUGAAGAAAGCAAACUUACAUAAACCAAAAGAACAAGGCUGGACUAUGGUGGGAGGAUUGCAUGACAUUAGACAGACUCUCAUGGACACUAUUGAGUUACCAGCCAAGUAUCCAGAGAUAUUUGCGGCCCUCCCUAUACGGCACAGAUCUGGGAUUUUGCUGUACGGUGCUCCAGGCACUGGAAAGACUUUACUAGCCGCGAUUGUAGCUUAUGAAAGUGGGAUGAACUUCAUCAGCGUCAAGGGUCCAGAACUUCUCAGCAAAUAUAUUGGAGCAAGUGAGCAGGCAGUACGAGAUGUCUUCACAAGAGCACAGGCUGCUAAGCCCUGUAUCCUUUUCUUUGAUGAGUUUGACUCUAUUGCACCCCGGCGGGGCCAUGACAACACCGGUGUCACUGACAGAGUGGUCAACCAGAUGCUGACCCAGCUAGAUGGGGUGGAGGGAUUACACGGAGUUUAUGUACUGGCAGCUACAAGCCGCCCAGAUUUGAUCGAUCCUGCUCUACUCCGACCUGGACGUUUGGAUGAGUGUCUGUACUGUCCACCUCCAGACCAGGCUUCAAGAUAUGAAAUCCUAAAAUGCUUGAGUCAGUCCAUGCUCUUAGAUGAUGAUGUGGAUCUGCAGCACAUGGCCAGUGUGACAGAAAACUUCACCGGAGCUGAUCUGAAAGCUUUGUUAUACAAUGCCCAGUUGGAAGCCAUCCAUGCUGGCCUUGGAACUAGCAUAUCAGUGCAGGACAAUGGUUCUGGAUCUGAUAGUGAUGCGAGUUUAUCAUCAAUGAUAUUCCUGAACCACAGCAGCGUGUCUGAUGAAUCAGGAGGAGAAGUGGACAGUGUCUUAGAUCAAUCCCUUACCUCUCUGGAAAUGAUCAAAAUUCCCCCAGAAGACCCAAAAUCCAGUAUAUGGCGUCUGUAUUUUGGGAGCUCCAAUGAUUCAGAUCUGGGAAACGGCAGUUCCGAUAAGACCUGCCACAGCUUGUCUGGAAGCAAUUCCUUAACUCAUGAUUUCACUGGCUUGUCUGUAGGAGAAUUAGUGCCUUCCCAACCAAUAGUGCUCAUAACCUCCUUACAAGAAGAUCAGCGGGAGCACUGUCAGAGUCUAAACGCUGAGAUCUCUGUUCCCACCUACAUGAAUGUGCAGGAAACAUCUCACUGCCCUGUAGAAUCAAAGAAGAGAAUACGCAUCACCCAGCAUCACCUUACGACUGCACUCACCAGCACAAGACCGUCAAUAAGUGCAGAAGACAGGAGAUUUUUUAAUCAUCUCUAUGAAAACUUCCAAAAUCCGAAGAAAUCAGGUGGACAACUCUCUAGAAGUGGCAAGAAAGUAACACUGGCCUAA